CUUUAUUAAGAAAUAACUUAUAGAAACUCCACUCCCUGUCCUCUUCAGAAAAGGCGACAUGGUGACCAUCCAUCCUGCUGGGCUCGAUUUCUCCUUCCUGGCUAUUCCUUGGUGUUUUUAUUAGAUUGUAUUCUAACAAAUUCUUUUGUAAAAAUGUUUGAUGUUACUGUUCCUUUAAGUACAGAGCUGUGGGUGCUUUGAAUCCCCUGAUGCUUGUGCCUCGUGUAUGAUGAGGUGAGGCAGAGGGAAGGCUCAGGGGUUGGAUCAGGAGAACUUGCAGCACAUUAUUUUACUAACUGCCGUGUUCAUUUAAAGCAAUAAAAUCAUUCUUUAAAUAAAUGGAUUGCACACCUGGAAAUAAUCACAUUUAAAUGCCAAUGCCAGUAUAUUCACUAGUGUUGGUGCCCAUGGGUAGUACAUAUAACAUGAAAAAAAGAACAGAGACAAUAUAUGUAUUUUUAAAAAUUGCCAUAUAAAAAAGAUCUUUCAAUGUCCUAAUGGACAAGUAAGUCAAUAUGCACUCGCAAAGUCCAAGUGCCUAGUGGGAAAGGUUCAUGCCUGGAAUAUGGGGUUGCUAGUGCCAGCAGAUUAUGCAGAGCUUUAAAGGAACAGUAACACCAAAAAAUAAAAAUGUUUUAAAGUAAUGAAAAUAUAAUGUCCUGUUGUACUGCUCUGGUAAAACUGGUGUGUUUGGUCUUCUAUAGUUUAUAUAACUGUGUAGUCGUGUUACUGUUCCUUUAAAUUGAUGUAUAAAAAAUAGGGGUCUUAAAACAAAUAAGGGUUAUAGAGUGAAAAUGGCAUCAGAGGGACCUGCUUACAAGAUGUUACAAUCUAAAGGAUUAGGGAACAUAUGAAACAUAAGAAAGAUUUAUGAUUAUGUUGGUGAUUUAUGAUAAUCUGAUUAAGAUGCAAUGCUUCUCUAUACAGGUGGGAGAGUCUGAUAGGUUGGGCAGAGAGUUCCAGAGAUGUCAGGAAUGAGGAGAGGGGAGAAGAGAGAUAUAAGGAAUGUGUUGUUACGUGCCCUGAAUGUGACAAUCAUGUGAUUGGGGAGGAGAGUGAGAGCAGGGGAGGGAUGUGAAUAGGGGCUGAUGUGGAGCCAUGAGACAAAUGAGUCUGUAGAGUUGAGAAGAGAUUGGAGUUGGGAAACAGGAGUAAGUGGUGAAUGUGGGAAAUGAGUGUUUACUUGUCUCUACCCUGAGCUAAGGUCUAGUCACACGCAGCACAAGUCUCUGGGAGUGAGAUGUACAGAAAGAUGAACUAGAACUCCCAGGCACCUGCAGUCCAACUAUAACACUAUCCACUGCUGUUGUGCCUGUGAGGAAGGGACAUUGGACUCCCAUGUACCGUUACUCCUUCAUGUGGCACCGACACAAACAGCAAGAGACACAGACAUGUCACUACACUCAGGCCCAGGUGUGGGGGUGCAUCACCAGCAAACACGGAAGUGAUGUAUGUCUUCUUAUAAACACGGAAGUGAUGUAUUUCUUCUCAUAAACACGGAAGUGAUGUAUUUCUUCUAAUAACACGGAAGUGAUGUAUGUCUUCUAAUAAACACGGAAGUGAUGUAUUUCUCAUAAACACGGAAGUGAUGUAUUUCUGCUUAUAAACAUGGUUUAUAAACAUGGAAGUGAUGCAUUUUUUUCUAAUAAACACGGAAGUAAUGUAUUUUUUCUGAUAAACACGGAAGUGAUGUAUGUCUUCUAAUAAACACGGAAGUGAUGUAUGUCUUCUAAUAAACGCGGAAGUGAUGUAUGUCUUCUGAUAAACACGGAAGUGCAAACUCAUAAUCCCCCAUUGCUGCCAUAGGGAAUGUGCUCACAGUCCAACUAGUGACAUUUACAUUAUAGCUGCUGUCUGUCAGUGUUAGGCACUAGCGCCCCCUCGUCUUGUCUCACUUACUCGUCUUGUCUGUGGGAAGAGUAACCCAUAGAAACCACACAGCCCUUCCCAUGGAACAGUCUGGCACAAUACUGAAAGUGAAAGGAAGUCUGUGGGUUACUGAGAUAACUUCACAGUAAGAGAGCAGCCAGAGACACUGCAGAAUUUAACCUCCAUCCCUUGCUCAGCAAUCUCUCCCUUCCUACCUGUUCGUCUAGCCAAUUGCAGAGCAGCCCUGUGCGUGUGUGUAUCUCUUCGCUCCCGCCCCAUUGCCCAUUUAGCCAAUCACUCUAUUUCUAUCCGUCACGCCUCUUUCGCUAUUUAGCCUAUCGCUGUAUACUUCCGCAAUGCAGCCAAUCGUUGUGCAUUCCUAUAAUCAUAGUGUCCCGCCCUUACAAACUUACCACUUUGCUAUUGUGCGGCAACAAGAAGAAAGACUAUGGAGCAGCACUAAACGAGUCAGUGUGGAUGAAGGGGGAGAAGAAGGAUAAAAAUGAGGAGGAGGAGCGGGGGAAGAAGGAGAGAAUGGUGAAUCUGACACUGGAGAUGAUCUAUCUGCUGACUGGAGAGCACUACAUCCCUAGGAAGAAGUCAGAUGAUGGGGGGGCCCUGCAUGCCCCUGGCUCCGUCAUACAGAAGGAAAAUAACAAGAAUGACAAGAAGAUCCUGGAACUCAUGUCCAACAUCAUCCAGCUGCUGACUGGAGAGGUUGCCAUAAGGACUCAUCAUGUUUCCAUCUAUUUUUCCUUGGACGAGUGGGACUAUAUAAAAGGAAACAAGGUCCUUUAUGAGGAAGGGAUAAAGGAGGAUCUGCAGCAGCAACACUCACUGGGCUGGGAAUUUGAUGUUACAAGUGAUACUGCAGCUAAUGAUAUUAAAGAGGAAGCAGCUUCAUUUGAAGAGAGAGACCAAUCAGAUUGCAGCAUUGAUCCACUUACAGAACAGAUACAGGGAACAGAUACACCUACUCCUAUCAUGGGAUGCAGCCUGAACAACACUCCAGCAGAUGGUUAUCUAGUUAUUAAAAAGGAAGAGCCUUCAUGGGAAGAAGAAAAGCAACUUGCAGAGCAAACACAAGGGACAGAUGCAUCAACUCUCAUGGGGUGGAGGCGGAGCCUGAAAUGUAGCUUGUUCCCAAAGGAUACAUCAGAUGUUAUUAAGGAAGAAUUAGAUUCAUGUGAAACAGACCAUAAUUACUGCAGCAUCAAUACAGAACACACACUGGGAACAGACCAAUCAGCUUCUAUCAUGGGCUGCAGCCUGAAUACAAACUCAUCACAUUAUGUAUCAAAUGGUAUUAAAGAGGAAUCCACUUCACGGGAAAGGGAAAGCCAAUCAGAUUACAGAGCUGUUAAUAUACCAGUACCAGGUACAGAUCAGACUACAAUGGGCAGUGGAUACAGUCUGUAUAACAAACACUUAGAUAUCAGUAACUAUGGGAAAACUAUUAAUGAUUCCAAACGUACACCUCGCCUAAGGAAGCCCCCCGUACAGGGAAAGUUACGCUGCUCCGUGUGCAAUAAACUUUUUAGAACUAAGACGAUUCUCACUCGGCAUCAGAGGAUUCACACAGGAGAGCGACCUUAUGCUUGUUCUGGUUGUGGGAAGCGAUUUGCACGUGUCUGCACCCUCACUGUGCACAAGAGAAUUCACACCGGAGAGAAACCUUUUAUUUGCACUGACUGUGGGAAGCGCUUUUCGAGUCUAUCGCAGAUCACUGAGCAUCGCAGGAUUCACACGGGGGAGAAGCCCUUCUCGUGUUCUGACUGUGGCAAAUGUUUUGCACAUCGCGCCACCCUUAAAAAACAUAAAUCGGUUCAUGUUGGAGAGAAACUACACGCUUGUACUCAAUGUGGCAAAUGUUUUCCAAGCCUGCAACUGCUGAAUGAGCAUCUCAAGACUCAGCACAAGAUAGAAGCCGUCCUGAUGCUCUGAUUGUGAGAAAUGUUUCAAAAAUCACUUGAGUUUCUGUUGGUCCAAACCAUGAUGUACUUCCACUUAAAGGUUAAGUAAAUCUUUAAAAUAAGUGAAUGUAAAACUGAUGAGGGGACUAUUCUAAGCACUUUUGUCAUUUACAUUCAUUAUUUAUUUUCUUUUUAUUCCAAGAUAUUAAGGGAUACAUGUACUGUUACUAUGAAUGAAUUUUGUAACAACAGCGCCACCUGCUGGUCAAUUUCCCACCAGUCUGACCAGCAAGUAGUCAAGGAAGUUGUCAGGAGAAAGAAAGAGGCUGAUGUUCUUCUGCUUAGGAAAGAUGUGAGAGAGAAUUCAAAUUUUUUUCCUAAGCAGAAGAACAUCAGAGCAGCCUCUUUCUUAUCCUUUUCAUGAUUCCAGAUUUUUGUGUGCUAGCAAUCAUGAAAAAAAAUCGUUAUGGGAAUAAAAAUGCAAACUUUU